UAUCAAAAAAUACCAUAUUUAUAUUAGAUUUAUUAACAUUCCAAUAUCGGAAGAUUCCGUUAGAGAUAAAAUAAUAGAAAAAGUAAUAGAUACUAAAAUGAUAGAAUUGAAAUUUUUCAAAUCUUUAAUGGUUAUAAGUAUUAAAGGCAUACAUUAUAUUUAUUCUGAUAGAAUGGAUUUUCCAAUUAAAAUUAUCGAGGGAUCAAAUUUGGAAAAUUCAAUCAAAUACAAUAACUUGAUAAAAUCUUUUCUUGAAACUAAUGAUAACCCUAAUUUUAGACUUAAUGACCAAAAUGCUUUCGGAAUAUUUUACGAAAAACCAUGGAUGGUUAAUAUGAAAAAGUUCGACUUGGAAGCUUAUAUAAUUAAUGACAACUAUAUUGAUUCGGAAGAAAUUAGCGAUAUUAAAGAUUCAAUCAAUGAAAACAUCUUUUACAAUAUAGGAAAACAAUUUACUACAACACAAAAUGAAAAUGAGUUUAUAAAAAAGUACAUUAUACCAAAUUUAGUAAACUCAAAUGAAAAUCAAAAUGAAUAUCAUAUGAGAUUAACAAACAAAAGUGGUGAAUUUAUUUUAGAAGCUUUUAUUAAUAAUUCAUCUCAAAAUAGACCUUUGGCUUCAUAUAACAUUAGGGGCCCUAACUGGAAACAUAUA